UGUGCCGCCGAGUGUGGUCUGAGCUUUAACCGUGAAUUGCGGCACAGUCCCAGGAAGCGCGUUUCAUAUUCCCCUCCUCCCCUUUUCCCUUCUCGUCGUGGUCGUGGCGACGACUUGUCCCGCAAAGAAUACCUAACCUGUACGAAGUAUACUCGUCGUUAUCAUGGGCUUCUCAUGGCGUCUCUUCCCGCUCGGGAGCUGCCUUUUCGCCGUAGCCAUGCUUGUUCAGCCCAGUGUUGUUUCCGCGCAGACGUUUAGAUUCCCGGACGACGCGACGCCGACAGAGUUCCAGGGGUUUGUGACGACUGCCCCCAGCUCGGUGGGAACAUGGUCAUGUGUCCCCGGCUCGACACAUACCACUCACAGCACGUGGGCAGCGUGCUGUGUGGCCGGCGAGGACUGUCAGUUUUUUACAGAAUGUAACGCUGGAACGGCGACGAGGAUGGACGGCUCGACCUAUGUCUGCGCCACCAACAUCCCCAACUGCUACACCAUGACCAUCUACCAAAGCUACCCUUCCGCCGCUUUGAGCUGGUCGGCAGUCGGCUGCGUGCAGCCUGGCUUCAAUGCCUCCACCGUGUAUCGGGAAAUCGUGGUGGGAACUACGCCCACACCGUCGCCGGGUUCGAGUACUAUUAGCACGGGGACUACACCCUCGGCCAUCCCAUCGACGCCGGUUGAGACGGGCGCUCGCGAGUCGGCCAACACAUCGCAACCGAGUUCUCCGACCUCACAGGCUUGGAUCGCCGGCGCGGUGAUCGGGCCCGUCGCCGCGGUUGCUCUCGCUGCCUUCCUGGCCUUUUGGCUAGGGAGGCGAAAAGGGAGGAGGGAGUUGGAGGAAGAAAUCCCUCAGAGUCACGUCGGCAGCCCAGACUUUGAAUCAGCGACGAUGCAAAGUACAGUGUCCCCAACGACAGUGAAAAGCGAACCCGCCGGCAUCACUGCUAUCGCGGAGCUUGCGGACUAUCGCACGUUAGAACUAGACUCCCUUCCCGUUAAUAGUCCCAAUGGGACUAGAGGGUAUGAGAUCAAAAGGGAAGACAGUUGGUGAAAUAGGCUCCGGGUUUAUUAGCACAGCACACACGUCAAUAUAGCGUUUGUAGCCAUGGCAGAAAUCAUGGCAGCCAUGCUGCCUAGCUGAGAUCGGCCACGAGGGUGUGAGAAGAAAUGAUAAGGCUUGCGAAAGGCC